AUGUUGCUUAUUUCAAUUAUCGUCAUUUUCAUCAAAGUUUCGGAUCAAAUUCCAAUCGAAAUCGAAGCAUAUUAUUCAAAUGGAACUUUUCAUAAGAUUGGUUUGGAAGUGCCUAUCAAAAAUUUUGAAAACGAGAAUUGCACAUCUUCGGAUUUUAUAUUUGUUUUCAAAGGAGAAAAGAUCGAUUGUUCAUGGCCAAAUUACGAAGCCAAUUUGAAAAUGACGUCUAAUUUGUCUGGAGAAUAUUAUAAUCUAACAAUAAUUUGCCCAUCCGAUUGUCAAAUAUGCGAAAAUCUUGAAAAAUGUAAGAUUGAAAAACAAGAAAAUGUAUAUUAUUUCAACAUUGAUAAAUCGAGAAUUGAUAUUCAACAUGUUUCUGAACACGGUGCUCAAGUAUUUCAUAUGAAUAAUGAGGAAAGAAAUAAUAAAUUGACUUUUCGAAUUACAAUUGUCAUUCUUUUUGUUGUUGCUUUACUGUUUUUUGGUUUUGUUUAUGGAAGUGAAGAAUAA